AUGACCACCCAAAGCCCACCAUGCCAACUCAGCGGUACACAACUCGUUCAUGGCGAUCAUGGGCCAGGAAGUGAAGUGGCCCCUUCCAUCUCUGUCACCUCGACGUUCAGAGCUGUGCCUCAUGGUGACCCCGAGGGGCUUGGAGCGAUGAAUCCCGAGAAACAUAUUUAUUCCCGCUAUUCACAAAACGUCACAUCGAGGGUGGAACAGAUUUUGAGCAAGAUCAAUCAAGGGAAUGCAAUCACUUAUGCGUCAGGAUUAGCCGCCGCAUUUUCAGCUCUUGUCCACUACAAGCCCAAACGCAUUGCGAUAUCCGGAGGAUACAUGGGUUGUCACGGCACGAUAUCAACUUACAUCAAAGGCAGGUUUACUGAUACCCCGAUCAUUGGCCUGGACGAUGAAUUCCAAGAGGGGGAUCUCUGCUGGCUCGAGAGCCCCUUGAACCCUACAGGCGAAUCGAGAAACAUAAAAUAUUACGCGGACAAGAUUCAUGCUGUCGGAGGAAAGCUAUUGAUAGAUUCGACCUUUGGUCCUCCCCCUCUUCAAUAUCCAUUCAAAUGGGGGGCAGACUGCAUAUUUCACAGUGGAACCAAGUACUUCGGAGGCCACUCAGAUUUGCUCUGUGGAAUUAUCAUCGUCAGGACCGAAGCUGAACGGGAACAGCUCUGGCACGACCGUGUAUACAUGGGAAACAUGAUGGGGUCCCUCGAGUCUUGGCUUUUAUUACGAUCCCUUCGAACGCUGCAUCUGCGCGUCCCAAGGCAAUCGGCAAGUGGCACGGAAAUUGCACAAUGGCUUGGCAGAGCUGUUGUUCCAGAGGGUCAGGAGUACGAUGGCAUUCCCGGUGGAGUGGUCACCAAGGUUUGGCACUCUAGCCUUCAGGAGACUGAUGCCAAUGGGUGGAACCCCUCAGUACAAAUGGAAGGUGGAUUCAAUGCUUGUUUCUCGAUCUUGCUUUCAAAGAAAGAGUACGCAGAGAGACUGCCACACUCACUGGAGUAUUUUGUGCCGGCGACCAGUCUUGGUGGUGUUGAAUCUUUGGCAGAACAGCGUGUCAUGGCAGAUCCGAAGGAAAAUCCCCUUCUUGUACGCCUAAGCAUUGGUGUGGAGGAAGUGGCAGACCUGAAGGACGACUUGCGAAGAGCACUCGUACAGAUAUCGAGAGGAAAUUAG